AAAAUCCAUAAGCUUUGCACAUUUAAAUUAAUCUACAUACAUAAAAAUUUAAUAUUCUAUGCUACCCCUCUCACUCAACCACAUGCUUUCUCUGACUACCAAUAUAGUAAAUCAAUUUGUGUACAAACUUUGGAACCUUGUAGUACUCAACAUAAUCUUAAAGCAAGAUUUUAAUUAAAUAUACUAUAUCUCAGUCAAAAUAAUUUAAUUCGUUAAGUUAUUAUCAUAACAAUGGAACAAACAGUAAAGUGAAUAAUUUAAUUAAUAGCAUGUUAUAUUCAAUAUUUUGGCAGCUAAUAAUAUUAGAUAUUAAUUUCACUGCAAGAAUGAUUCAUUUAUUUGCACAAAUAAGGGUUUUUUUUGAUAUUCAAGACAGAACCAUAAUGAAGACAAUUUCACACUCUUUAACAUUGUUGAAUGUGUACUUUUUGUGUGUGUGAUAAAAAAUAACAAAGAAAGAACCAAAGAUCCAUAAGUGUUAGCUUUGGUUCUCCUUGUUUUUCUCCUUCUCUUUUAAAACACACAAGCGUUGAACCUUUCUGUCUUUAACUCUGCACAAUUUUCUGAUAUCUUUUUCUUUAGUAGUAAUUUUUUUGAAGCUGUAAAUGCUGUUAAGUUUUACAUGGGGAAGAAAGGAAGUAGUUCAUGGUUAAAUGCUGUUAAAAGAGCAUUCAGAUCUCCAACAAAAGAUAGUGACAAAAAAAGUGGUAGAAGAAGAGAAGAUUGUGAUCAAGAAGAAGAUGAAGAAAAGAGAGAAAAAAGAAGGUGGAUUUUUAGAAAACCUGUGAGUCAUGAAACAGUGAACAACAACAGUGCACAAAGUACAACAACACCAACAAAGUUGAAGAAUGAUGUUGUGGUUACUGCUACAAGUGGAGUUUCAAGGACAGAUCAAGAUCAAAAACAUGCUCUUGCUGUUGCUAUGGCUACUGCUGAGGCAGCAAGAGCCACUGCUCAAGCUGCUGUUGAAGUUGCAAGGUUGACUAAGCCUUCAAAUCAUGCUAGGGAGCAUUUUGCUGCUGUUGUUAUUCAAACUUCUUUCAGAGGUUAUUUGGCUAGAAGAGCACUUCGUGCACUUAAGGGUUUGGUAAAGUUGCAAGCUUUAGUGAGAGGACACAAUGUUAGAAAACAAGCAAAGAUGACACUUAGGUGCAUGCAAGCUCUUGUUAGAGUACAAGCAAGAGUUCUUGACCAACGUGUAAGAUCUUCUUCACAUGAAGGAAGUAGAAAAUCAACCUUUAGUGACACUACUAGUGUUUGGGAUUCGCGGUAUCUUCAAGACAUUUCGGAUAGGAAAUCAAUGUCAAGAGAAGGAAGUAGUGUUGCAGAUGAUUGGGAUGAACGUCCACAUACAGUUGAAGAAGUUAAGGCCAUGUUGCAACAAAGGAAGGAAGCUGCUAUGAAGAGGGAAAAGUCAUUGUCUCAAGCUUUUUCACAACAGAUUUGGAGAAAUGGAAGGACAUCAUCAAUAGGAAAUGAAGAUGAACUUGAGGAGAGACCAAAAUGGUUAGAUAGAUGGAUGGCUACAAAGCCAUGGGAGAAUAGAGGAAGAGCUUCAACUGAUCAAAGAGACCCCAUUAAGACUGUUGAAAUUGACACAUCUCAACCUUAUUCAUAUCUAGGAACCAAUUACAGAAGAUCACAUCCAAAUUAUCAAUACAAUCCACACCACCAACCCCAAAGACAUUCCAUUGCUUCACCACUCCAUAGAACACACCAAAAUGGAUCCAUUCACCAAUCCGUCACUACUCCAUCUCCAUCAAAAUCGAGACCUAUCCAAGUCCGAUCAUCGAGUCCACGAUGUGUUAGAGAAGAUAGAAGCUACCACACUUCUCAAACACCAAGCUUGAGGUCUAAUUACCAUUACAAUGGUAACUUGUAUCAAAAUAGUAGGGUAGGAACAAGUAACAGUGCUGCUACUACUGCUGCUACUACUACAUUGCCUAAUUACAUGCAAGCAACUGAGUCUGCGAAGGCUCGAAUUAGAUCGCAGAGUGCGCCAAGGCAAAGGCCAUCGACUCCGGAGAGGGAUAGAGCUGGAUCUGUAAAGAAAAGGCUCUCUUUCCCCGCUCCGGAUCCUUAUAAUGUUGGAGGAGUUAGUUAUGGAAAUUAUGGACAUAGUUUAAGGAGUCCAAGUUUCAAGAGUGUGAAUGUAGUAUCACAUUUUGGUUUGGAGCAACAAUCCAAUUACUCUUCUUGUUGUACCGAGAGUCUCGGUGGCGAGGUUUCGCCUUCUUCAACCGGAGACCUUAGAAGGUGGUUGAGAUAACUGUCACUUAGAUCCAACGGCUCUGCAACGACUACUGAGUAUUAUGUUGCAACUAUGACCCAUUAGUUUAUAACAACCACUCACUUAUUUUAUUUAGACAUUUUGUGAUGUUAGUGUUAUUCUUAGUAUUAACCCUUUUCACCCAAAAAAGAAAGGAAGUUACUUAAGGUGAACAUGAAUCUAAGGUACUAUGUUGCUAGGAAGGUGAGAACAAUUUAUUGUGUUUUGGUUUUUUAUCAUUUGUUUUUCCAUAUACUUUUGUUAGGAUGCCAAGAUAAAAAGAUAGGAUUAUGUGGUGGCCUACCUCACUUGGGAUGUUUUGUUUGAUGUUGAAACAAUUGCCUACACCACUUGAAUGGCUUUAAAUGGAAUGUCUUGUCACAAUAACAUGUAAUAUUAUGUAAUUUUAACUAUGGUUGCUUUUAGUUUGAAAUGUACACCCCCACCCCUUUAACUU